GCGCUCCCCCGUGUAAGAGUGAGGUGGAGGAGGACGUUCCAGGAGAUGUCACCACAGAAAAGCCCAGCAAGAAUUCUGAGGGAAAGUUCAUAUUGUCAUUAAAUUAUAAAGCUGAAGAUGAGCACAUCAUGCAGCGCUCUGCCACGGAGAACCUCAUUCCCGUUAAUGUAUAUCCAGAACUUUACAGUACAGAUCUAUCAUAUAAUCCCCUUAAUUAUGAGGAACCUUCUCCUGACCAAUCGCACAAUAUUACCACACAUACAAAUCUGAAAGGGAGUGAAAGAUUUCAUUGUGGUAAAGAGUUCACAAAAAGCUCAGGUUUUCCUACACAAAGAAGAAUUCACGCAGGAGAGAAAGCAUAUCAAUGUUCAGCAUGUGGGAAAUAUUUUACAUAUAAAUCAUAUCUUGUUAGACACGAGAGAAUUCACACAGGAGAGAAGCCGUAUUCAUGUUCAGUAUGUGGGAAAUGUUUUACAAUAAAAUCUAAUCUUGUUAUACAUGAGAGAAAUCACACAGGAGAGAAGCCGUAUUCAUGUUCAGAAUGUGAGAAAUGUUUUACAGUUAAAUCAACUCUUCUUAGACAUCAGAAAUUUCACACAGGAGAGAAGCCAUAUUCUUGUUCAGAAUGUGGGAAAUGCUUUAUAAAUAAAUCAAAUCUGGUUAAUCAUGCUAGAAGUCACACAGGAAAGAAACCAUAUUCAUGUUCAGAAUGUGGGAAAUGUUUUACAGAUAAAUCAUAUCUUGUUAUACAUGAGAGAAGUCACACAGGAGAGAAGCCGUAUUCAUGUUCAGAAUGUGGGAAAUGUUUUACAAUUAAAUCAAAUCUUGUUAUACAUGAGAGAAAUCACACAGGAGAGAAGCCGUAUUCAUGUUCAGAAUGUGAGAAAUGUUUUACAGUUAAAUCAACUCUUCUUAGACAUCAGAAAUUUCACACAGGAGAGAAGCCAUAUUCUUGUUCAGAAUGUGGGAAAUUUUUUAAACAAAAAUCAGAACUUGUUACACAUGAGAGACGACACACAGGAGAGAAGCCAUAUUCAUGUUCAGAAUGUGGAAAAUGCUUUACACAAAAAUCAGAACUUGUUACUCAUGAGAGACGACACACAGGAGAGAAGCCAUAUUUAUGUUCAGAAUGUGGGAAAUGUUUUACAGAUAAAUCAAAUCUUGUUAAGCAUAAGAGACAACACACAGGAGAAAAGCCAUAUUCAUGUUCAGAAUGUGGGAAAUGCUUUUCAGAUAAAUCAAAUCUUGUUAAGCAUAAGAGAAGUCACAGAGCAGAGAAGCCAUAUACAUGUUGAGAAUGUGGGAAAAGUUUUAUACAAAAAUUAGAUCUUGGUUUCACAUAUGAAUUAUCUGAUUUCUACUAUUUUCACAUAUUUUAGCAUAACAGGUUAUUCAUUAAUCUUAAAGGCUUAAUAAGAAGGUUUAUUUUUGGAAGUAACUAUCCCAGAUCUCCUAGAUCAGUGUUUCCCAACCAGUGUGCCUCCAGCUGUUGCAAAACUACAACUCCCAGCAUGCCCGCACAGCCGAAGGCACACUGGUUGGGAAACACUGUCCUAGAUAACCGAAUUAUAUUUCCUUGAGGUCACUGUGACCAGGUCCAUGGAGGAAAAGUAUUGGGGAUAUAGGGAAUAGAUGAAGAGCCUUGUUUACUUCCAGAGCAGUGAGAAUGAAUUGCCCCCAUGAACCUUUCUUCUUAUCACUGUAUUCACACCUCCACCCACACUGCGGGGGAGUCCAGAGUGACAUGCGGAGAAGUAACAACACUCCAUAUAAUUGUUUUAUAAUGUAUGUGGACAUAUUAAUACAGUACUUGAUCAUGAUUCGACUAGUCUUUAAAAGGAACUUGUCGUGAACAUGGUGUCGAGCUGCAGACAGCUGGUUAUAGAGCAGGAGGAGCUGAGCCGAUUGAUCUAAAAUUUUAUGGGAAAAGAUCACUUGGAUUUUAU